GGAAUAUUAGUAGAAACCCAAAAUUCCAGGACCCUAGGAGGAACCGUUUUCCUAUUUGCCAUUUAUCCUUUUGUAUGCAUUGUCAUUAUCAAAUGUCAAUGCUAAUAAAACAAGCCCAAAUCCUAUCAGCAGCAAUUUUGCUGUUUUUCAAUUUCAAUUUCACUUUUAUUUCCUCCACAGAAGCAACCUCUGUCCAACAAUUCGAUUGGGUCCAACAAGAAUUCCUCAAAUCCCACAACGAUCUAAGAGCAAGCGUUGGCGUCUCACCCUUACAGUGGGACUCCACCCUGGCUACGUUCUCUCUAUCCUGGGCGAACCAGCUUAAGCAACAAUGCAACUACAGGCAUCAUUCCACGAGCCCUUACGGGGAGAACAUAUUCUGGGAAGUCUAUAGGCAGAACACCGCCACCAGCGUUGUCCAGAAAUGGUUCGCAGAGAAACAGUUAUUCAACCAUGCUACAAAUCUUUGUACUUGCCAGCCUGAACGCGCUGGAUGUGAAUGCGGACAUUACCUGAACGUUGUAUGGCGUGCUACCAAGAAAGUUGGCUGCAGUGGAUUUGUCUAUUGCGAUGAUCAAAAGGGCGCGAUUGUUGUUUGCUCGUAUGAUCCUAUAGGGAACGUAAAGGGCGUUAACCCUUUGAAUCCUUCUAACAAUGCAGGUGACACAUCAACAGUUUCCCCACAAAAUCCUGUGAAUACUAGCAAUGCGCGGCGUGCCAGAGGAAGAAAACACAAUUUGGUAGUAAAAUCACCAGCUUCUUUGAGACAGCCUUCCAAUUCCAAAAAUUCUCAACGUGGUAGAGGUAGAAGAAACUAGCGCGAUUAAACAGCUCUGAUUUCACUAUCGGAGCAUUGCCAUGAUUAGUGGUGAUGCUCCAUCAAUAGAUGAGAUAUGAUCUCUAAUGUAACACUGUGUGUAAUCAGAAUGUAACAAUUGCUCUGCCAAAAAAAAAAAAAAAAGGAUCGAAAUUGAUAUUUUUUUUUCA